AUGGAGUCUGAGAAAAUAAACAUCUACUUUGAAAAAGUGCAGCGAAUGUUGGAACAGAAAAAAAACAGCAUCCACGCGGAGUUUGACAAGGCAAAACGUGACUUCAUGCAAGCUUAUGAUCCAAGGAUUAACAAAACAAACACUCUGCUUGCAGACGUGGACAAUGUUCGCAAAAGUGCUGAAAAUUUAAAGGUGAAAUCAGACCCUCUCCGAUUUCUCCAGAAAGUGCAGGAAUGUAGGCAGAAGAUCUGUGAGGUUAAGGAAGUGCCUAUACCAUUAGUUCCUAACCUGGCAGUUCCUAAUUUGGCAGUCAGCCCUCGUAUGCACAAAAUUUCUUUGUCUAAAUCUCCAAAGAGGAAGGCUAAUCCUUGGUCACAAAUCCUCCACCGUGUUCGCACUGUAUCUGUUGUAAUACUGCUUUUUUCUGUGGUGCUAGCAGCAGCUUCCUCUGGGUCCUUUGAUAUGAUUGUCAAUGAAUAUGUAUAUGCAGCUAGCUCCUUCCUGUCACAUAUCACUGGAAAGGCCAUCAAUUCUAUUCCUGCUUGCUGGUGGCAGACGGCAGAAGAAAUAUUACACGUGACCAAAAGGUAUUCGUCUAAUGUGAUGAGCUUUAUAGAAAACCUGGCUGAAUUUGCAUCAAGAUUGACAAAAGAUCCUGAAAAACGAUUGUUACUGGGCAUGGAGUUAAAGAAGACCACUCCAGUUUCAACGACAGUUUCGCCAGUUGUCAAAAUUAAUAAGAAGCAAGUAAAGACAUGGUCCACUUGUUCAGUGCAUUUUGCAAAUAGCAGUGAUUAUGGACCGGUGAUUCCAUGUAAGAGCUGGAGCUUAAUAACUACAAGGCCUGCAAGCCAUUUUUUGACCCUAUACGAAUAUUUAAAUCCAGUACGCUUAUAUCUGUCAAACGCCGUUGGAAAGGCAGUCUCACACAUCUCUAGUUACUGGAAACUGAUAGUAGAAAAAGUAUUCUUUGUGAAGAAAAAGUGGCAGAGCUACAUCACCACAUUUAUAGAAAGCGGCCGAAAUAACCUAUUCCUUUAGAUGAUAGAAAUCGUGUGACCUUUGAGAAAAAAUAUAUAAUUUCCAUAACUGAUCUCCCAGGUUUAAUUUAAGGUGCACAUAUGAACAAAGGAAUGGGUCACAAAUUUCUCAAACAUAUAGAUCGGAACAAACCUUUUCUUUUCAUGAUUAAUGUUCAAGGCUUUCAACUUUCAUACAAAGCACCUUAAUUAACAGCAUUUGAAACUAUCAACUUGCUAAUGUUGGAGGUGCGGUUAUACAAGAAAUCACUUUUACGCAAACCUGUCUUAUUUGCGGUCAAUAAAAUGGAUCUUUUAAAUGGUAAAGAUCAUUAUCAAGACUUGCUAGAACAACUUGCAUAUCCUAAUAAACAUCAGCAUUCAUCGCCCGGUAACCUCAACCAAUUGAAUUCCAGUAUAUUCUUCCUGUCUCUGCUGAAACUGGUCAAGGUAUAGAGGAGGCCUAUAUGUUGUAUUUCAAAGUCUAUUGAUGAGCAGGCUGAAUUGGAAAUUUGAGAGUCUGCACAGGAGAAACUUCAGAGCCUUCAAAGUACGCCAUCUGGAACUAGAAAAAAACAAACCAGCGAUGUGUCCAUAAGGCAAGGCAUUAACCAAUACUGAUAUCCUUUCAAUGUGAAGUGCAGUUUAGGCACUUGUACUGUACACUGAAUGUUUAAUGAAUCUUACAAUAAAAUGUUUUAUAAAAAUUUUUGAAAACCAGGCCUUUUCUGUUUAAUCUAUUUGAAUUCCUACAAUACACAAAUAAUUGUCCACUGUUGUCCCGACAAAUAAAAUAUGUUAUCUAGCAUUAAUCAACAUGAAUAACCAUAUAUUGUAAUUACUUACUGAUCCUGCUAGUUAUUUCAUGGUGCAUUUAGGAUGACCCCUCUAAAUUGUCCAAAUAUUCAUACCAGAAGAUCUUUGCUCUAAGGAAGACUCCGAGUGCACAGAUCUUCUGGUAUGAAAGGUUGGCCCCUUUGAAUUCCUAACCUCAAGUCUUGUGGUCAACUUGGGUUGCAUCCCUUCCCUCUUUAAGACACAAAUCCUUUUAUUCUCUGAAACUGAUAUGUUUAGAGCAGGCAGGGUUAACCCUAGAGGGACCUGGCACCCAGACCACUUCAUUGAGCUGAAGUGGUCUGGGUGACUAUAGUGUCCCUUUAAUGUGUUGGGGGGAGGGGGGGGUUAUUAUUAUUAUUACUAUUAUUAUUAUUUAUUUUUGCAGUCCAUAGUAUAACAAACAGGUUUGCAGAGAUAUUCCAUUAAGGUAUACAUGACAAUAAGAUAUUGUAGUUGGAACAUAAAAUGUCAGGAUUACAGCACUUUUUACAAUUAAUGUAAAGCUGCAUCAGAUGCACAAUUCUACUUUUUUUUUUUUUUUUUAACUGAGAGAUACUAAGGUUUUAGCAUAGAACUGUAGAUAUAUAGUUGCAUGAGAUGACAUCACUAGGUGAGUAGCAUUCACCAAUACAGAUAAUCCAUUAGGGUCUCCUAAUAGAGUGAGUAUUAAGAACCCUUACUUCCAAAUAUGUAUAACUUGCUAAUGCACAGUACUGGCCCACAAUUAGAGAAAAUGUCACAGGGCAUUAACUACAUAGGGAAGACAAGAAUCAUAAGCUACAGGUCUAUGUAUACAGCCAAUGGCGUAACUAGAAACCAAUGGGCCCCGGUUUCGAAAAAUUCCCUCAGGCCCCCCCAUACAUCUACCCUCCCCCCCCAUACAUUACCCCACACACAUGCAGACAAACUGAUACAAAUGCACAUACACAUAUACAGAGACACACACAUACAAAUUUUUGUGAUCAUUGAUGAUCAAAAGGGGAUCCUUGGAACCCUCUAAAAGGUGUCGCCAUUCCUUAAGUGCUAGUAUAAUGGCCAACAAUUCCCUGUUGCCAAUAUCAUAAUUACGCUCAGCCGGAUACAACUUUCUUAAAAAGUACCCACAUGGAUGCAAAGGAGUAUCCAGACUCUCCCUCUGAGAUAGAAUAGCCCCCACCCUUGUUUCGGAGGCAUCAACCUCCAGUAUGAAGGGUUUGCUGGUGUCAGGAUGUAUCAAUAUGUCAGCAGAAGCAAACCUUUGUUUAAGGAGUUCAAAAGCUUCUCUAGCCUCCCUAGACUAUAUCAUACAACUAGCCCCCUUACAUGUCAUAUUGGUGAUGGGGGCUAUCACAGAAGAGAACCCUUUGACAAAUCUCCUGUAAUAAUUAGAAAACCCAAUACAUCUUUGGAUGGCUUUAGUCCAUUCGGCAAUGGCCAAUGUAGAACAGUCUCUAGUUUGAGGGUCCACCUGAAACCAAGAGGCAGAAAUAUUAUAUCCCAAGAACUGUACCUCAGUCUGAUCAAAGAUGCAUUUUUCAAGUGUGCAAUAAAGUUUAUUUUCAAGCAAGGUUUGCAGCACUUGUUUGACAUGUUUGUGGUGAGUCUGAAGGUCAUGGGAAUAAAUAAGUAUAUCGUCCAGGUAUACUAGGACAAAAGAAUAAAUAUAGUUUCUGAGUACAUCGUUUAUAAAAUCCUGAAAUACAGCCAGAGCAUUGCAUAACCCGAAGGGCAUGACUUCCACUUCUAGUGUAAAAUGCCGUUUUCCACUCAUGAUUCUCCUUAAUCCUUACCAAAUUGUAUGCACUCCUGAGGUUGAGUUUGGUAAAGACUUUAGCACCCUGGAGUCUGUCAAACAAUUCGGAUAUGAGGGGAAUGGGAUAGGCAUUCUUUAUGGUGAUCUUGUUUAAUGCCCUGUAAUCAAUGCAUGGGCAUCUUUCACCAUCUUUUUUAGAUACAAAAAAGAACCCUGCACCAGCGGGCGAUGAUUUACGUAUGUGGCCCUUACUUAGGGAAUCUAUGAUGUACUCUUCCAUUACUCUACUCUCCUGUGGAGAUAAGGCAUACACUGCCCCCUUGGGUGGCAUAGAGCCGGUUAGCAGAUUUAUGGAGCUGUCAUAAGAUCUGUGAUGAGGUAGAAUAUCUGUCUGACUCUUACUGAAUACCUCCUUAACCUCCCAGUAUUGUAUGGAAACUUCGGUGACCUGAGGCGUAGUAGUGAGUAAAGUAGCGAGGCCCACUUUUUUGGUAGUCUUUACCCCACUCCAGUAUUUCUCCCUUUGCACAGUCAAUAUAAGGAUUGUGCUUAAUGAUCCAAGGAAAUCCUAAUAUGAUGGGCCAGUAAGGGGAAGCAAUUAUCUGGAAUAUUAUGUCUUCCUUGUGUAAAGCUCCAAUGGAAAUGUUAAUAGGCAAGGUUUUGUGGGUAAUCAAGGGUUGAGAGAGAGGUCUCCCGUCAAUACCCUUAACAGCCAGAGGAGAUGAUCUCUCCUUAAUAGGUAUAGAAUGUUUUUUGACAAAUUUUACAUCAAUGAAGUUUCCUGCCACACCUGACUCCAUCAGGGCUUUGCAUGAAAAGUUAUUUUUGUUACAAUUAGCCGUAAUAUAAAGGAGAAAUCUAUUUUUGUUAUUCCCAGAGGAUGUAUCCAUCACACCUAAGACCUGUCCACUUAAGGUUCUUAGGUGCCAAAGUUUUCCAGAUGUAUGGGACAAGCACUCCUUAUAUGUCCUUUUCUACCGCAGUAUAGACAUAGAACCUCUUUUCACCUCUAUAGUCUUUCUGCUUCUGACAGUCUAGUGACCCCCAACUGCAUAGGUUCGGGUUCGGACUAUAAAUUGAGGUCAGGAACAACAGGUCUUGAGAAACGAGGUGCCAAUUACAUAGUCAUAUGUCUGUUUCUAUUUCUGGUAGUUUCUCUGGUUCUAAGUCUGUUAUCAAUCUGCAUGACAAAUGUGAUAAACUUGUUUAAUCUCUUAGGUAGCAAUUUCGUCCAAAAUAGUCUCAGAUAAUCCUUUAUUUAAAUGCUGAGAUUAACCCGCUAUUAGUUCAAUCCACUUCAGAAUUUAAGCCAAGGUGCAAAAUUCUAUGGCAUAAUCUGAGAUAGACCGGUUACCUUGUUUGAAAUGCAUAAGGGCAGUGGAAGUGUCAUCCUCCCUGCCUAAUGGUUUAAAUGUUAAUUUGAAUCACACAAGAAAUUCCUGGUAAUUAUAUGCAAUACUCCUAUUACUCUCCCAUAAAUGAUUCUCCCAAGCUAAGGCUUUACCUUUAAAUUGGUUCACUAGGUAACCAAUCUGAGCUCUAUCCGAGGUAAAAGAUCCCGGUGAGGCCUCAAAGUGGUACUUAACUUGAUUCAGAAAUCCCCGGCAUUCUUGAAUAUUACCAUCAAAAUGCAGGGGAGGCGAUAGGGAGAUAGUAGGUGCCUUAUGUACUAUAGGCGGAGGUACUUUAGGCAGAGGUGACAUAGUAGGAGAAACCUCAGGCUGUAGAUGCGCUGUUCGAGUAAGGAGCGUCCUGAAGGCCUGGGCACACUGAUCCAUACAGUGAUCAUUCUCCUCUAUCUUUCUCUCGCAAGCUGCUAUGUGUUGACACAGUUCUGCAGGAUCUAUGGCCAUGUUGUAAUGUCAGGAUUACUAGUUCAUCCAGCACGCAGAACUGUAUCACACCUAGGACUAAACGUAACGUCUUAAAUCCGGCCUUAGAAUGGCCGGAUUUAACGUACCAAAGAAUAGUCAGAAUGCUUGCCGAGGUCGGGGACACAGAAUUAGACACAACGAUGAGGGAAAGCCAAAAGUCAGGGAUACCAGAAUACAGGGAAGUCAAAACGAAGCCAAAGUCAAUAACCAAAAAAACAAACGCUCAGGAACACACUCUCAGACAACCACUAAGGGAAACCACGACAGGGCAAGGAGGAAAAGGCAAACGGGGUUUAAAUAAGCCUCCUCAAGAUCAGCUUGGCCAUACCCAGCCUUUGACACCAGAAGAGACCUACAUAAGUGCUGAAGUUCUGUAUUGCAAGUUGGACUUUUAUUUAUCUUAUUAUCUUCAAGUUUUUAAAUUUUGACUUUACUGCCAUCAUUUGGUCCCUUUCGAUAUGGGACAAGAUCUGUGCAUUGAUGUUGGAUAUCUAAAUGUGCAACCUAUAUUUUUACAUCUUGUGAGUGGAAUUUAAAUAAAAGUGUUUCUUUUUAAGUACUUUCUGCACUAUGUUGGUUUCUCCUUUCUUCCCUUACAUGUACUAACACGGGAAGAGAAAGAAAGAGGGUCUUUUUUCUUAAAGAUACCAAUAAGAGCAUGCUAUCAAUUUAACUCUUGUGAGUGCAAAACAUUUUCCAUUACUGUUUGGAGCCUACAGUAUUACACUAUUGCAUUCUAUUUUUUUUCUAUUUUAGAUUUUAUUUUUAUAUAUAGUUUUAAUCAUAUUUUAUUUUAGUUUUAGUCUUAUUUUAGUCAUCUCAAUUGUUUUAGUUUUAGUAAAGUUUUAGUCGACUAACUCUCCAGUAGAUUUUAGUUGACUAAAUCUCCAGUAGAUUUUAGUCAACUAAAAUCUAAUGGGUUUAGUUAAAGUCUCUUCAGUCUCUUUGGGGCUUAGCCCCAAAUGUAAACAUAGCAGUUUCUCUGAAACUGCUAUGUUUACAGCAGGCAGGGUUAACCCUAGAGGGACCUGGCACCCAAACCUCUUCAUUGAGCUGAAGUGGUCUGGGUGACUAUAGUGUCCCUUUAAUGGUUUAUUAUGUGUAAUGUGUAAGACGAUCUCUCUGUAAAGUACUCUCUGUGUCCAGCAGAGGGAGACAGUUAUUAUUUGCUUGUGUUUGUCAGUGUCCCUGCAUUAGCUUAUCACCUGGUCUGGGAUAGAGACAGCUGCUAAUUAUCAAUUGCUUUGCUGUUUCCAAGGUCUGCAUUCUGAUUCCAAAGAAGAUAGAGAGAGCAGUGUUCUGGCAUGUUUAAUUAUGCUAGAAUAAAUACUAAUACAGGAAGUGGCUGUUAUAUUAGAAAACUUGAUGUUCAGGUGAGUUCUGGCAUAAAAAUAACCCUCACCUUGAAUAACAUUGUAAAAAAAAAAUGAUAUAAUUAUACAAAUUAUAUUUUAAAUAUUAAUAAUUAAUCCCUUAAGGAUGGAGUAAAUUGUACCGUUCUGUACAAAUGUAAACAAAACCUGGAAUUUGCGCUAUAUGUCUGUUCAGCCAUUAUUUACCUAUUUCAUAUUACGUGCACUCACACUUAUAUCAUUUGGUUCAAGAGAAACACGGCUUUCAUUUAACAUCAAAUAUUUAUAUAUGGAACACAAAUAUGACUAAAAUCUAAAAAAAAGUGUAUAAAAUUAAGAUAUUUUUUUUUUUUAGUUCUGUGUGGCAUUUUAACUGUGUGCCAUAAUACUGUUGGCUUUUACUGCAAUAAAAUGCACAUAUUUGUAUUCAGUGACAUCUCAUGAGUACAACAAUCUCCCCAUGCACAGGUUUUAUGGUGUUUUGGAAAGUAACUGGGUUAAAUAUAGCACGUUACAUUUUUUAGUUUAUACAAAUUGAAGUUUGCCGAUUGAUUAUGUUGCCUUUGAGACCGUAUGGCAGCCCAGGAAUGAAAAUUAACCCCAUCAUGGCAUACCAUUUGCAAAUGGGGUAUAUUGAAUAAUUUUCAGUAGCCACUUAGUCACAAACCCUGGCCAAACUUCAUAUUUGUGUUUUGCAUUUUUCACAAACAAGCUGCCUUUUUACUGAUUAUAUAAUCAACAUUCUACAUUUUACUGCUCUGAAACACUCAUAUUUGUGUUCAGCAAUGUCUCACAAGUGCAACAGCACCCCUGAUGUCCAGGUUUUACAGGGUUUUGGAAAGUUACAGGGUCAAAUAUAGAGCUUACACUGUUUUUACACAUUAAAAUGUGUCAGAAUUUUCUGCUGGGACUAUGUUGUCUUUGAAACCAUAUGGCAGCCCAGGAAUGAAAAUUAACCCCAUCAUGGCAUAACAUUUGAGCCAUGGAGGCAGGACCAGCCGCGGCGAGCAUGGUGCAGCAUGGGAAAAGAGGUGCAUAGAAAUGCCUUUACCGUGCGAUCGGAGGGGUGGUAUCCUAAAUAGUUAAACACUUUAGUGUCAGGAAUACGUUUGUAUUCUUGACACUAUAGUGUUCCUAAAAUUCAGACCUAAAAAUGUAUGUGCACUUUAUAGAUAAAAAUGAAAAUAAAUAUAAAAGUACACUAGAUAUAAUAAUUGCAAAUGUUAGAUCAAAAAUCAACCAGGAAUUACAUUCCAGCAAUGAACAAAUGUUUAUUAAAGGGACACUAUAGUCACCAGAACAACUACGAUUAAUGUAUUUGUUCUGGUGAGUAUAAUGGUUCCCUUCAGGCAUUUUCAUGUAAACACUGCCUUUUCAGAAAAAGGCAAUGUUUACAUUGCACCUCCAGUGGCCACUGCUUAGAUGGCCACUGGAGGGGCUUCCUGGCUCAGGGCUGCACAGUAAGUAGCCCUGCCGUUCAGCGUCUCGACGCUCUGCAUGAAGACGCUGAAUUUUACUCAUAGAAAGGCCUUGAUUCAAUGCAUCUCUAUGAGGAGUUCCUGAUUGACCAAAACGGCGUUUGGCCCCUCCCCAUGCCGAUUUUAGCCAUUCCGAUGCUUUCCCUGUGGCUAAAAAUCGGCCAUUUUGAUGAUGUCAAAAAGGGGGUGUAGCCAGCAUCGACAGACUUGCGCGGCGCUGGAUAGAAGGUGAAUUUUAAACUUUUAUAAGGGGGGGGGCCUAAGGGCGGCAAGCCACCUAAAUGACACCACGGACUUAUGUUCAGCUGAUGAAACGUAGUCUAUGCGUUUUGUCUCUAUUGAGAGACUUUAUCAAGACACCCUACAGAGCAUGCCCAAAGUCAUUUAUACCCUAGAUGCAGAAGUCCGUUGAGCUCUUUGCCUUGGCCUUUUUUGAAGAUACCGGAUGCAGAACGUAUCUCGUACUACCCCACGUGUCCGUUAUCUUUCACUGUUUGACAGUGGCUGCAGUGGGGAAUUAGAGGAUCGAUGUAGCUCCUUGCUUCUGGCAUUUGACAUCUAUUGGUUCCAUUCCCAUCGGGACUCGGCCCUCUAAAACAGAUACCGCCGAGGAGCCCCCCUGCUGUCAGGUACUUUUUGGGGAAAGUGCUUGAGGAAGUUUAUUUUUUUAUUAUUAUGCAAAUACUUUAUUUUUAUAUCUCUAUAACUUACCAAUAUGUAUAUUUUGAUAUGCUUUCUAUCUACCUUGUGCUUUUACUACUAUCACACUUAUUUAGUGUGCACCUUAUUGGCCAAGAUUAUGUAUGUAAAGGGCUCACACUAUUAUUUUUGCAUUUAGGAAUGAAACCCCCUUUCUUAUAAACUUUUCAUUUCAGGUGGUUACAUGCUGCUUUAUUAUAUUUGAUACUGUAACAAGCCAUUCUGGGAGGUUUAUAUUCUUAUCCUUGUGGUUAGAAUCAAGAAGAGGCUUUGAUACAUUGUUUUAUUUUAUACAUUUGGUUCUAGUUCUCGAGAUACAACAGCUGUUAAGAAACAUUUGUUCAUUGUUGGAAUUUAAUUCCUGCAUUGAUUUUUGAUCUAACAUUUGCAAUAAUUAUAUCUAGUGUACUUUUUAUAUGUAUAUAUUUUUUUUUUAUUUUCAUCUGUGGAGCGCUCAAACAUUUAUCAGGUCUGAAUUUUAGAUAUUUAGUCGCUCAUCACUUCAUGUUGCUGCCCAGCUUUCAUAGAAUUCUAGUUACCCUUUUUAGUUAUUAGUUUUUAUUCCUCACUAUAGUGUUCCUCAAAAUUUACACAUAAAGAAGACUAGAACCAAACAUUAUGGGCAUUUAGAUAAUGCAGAUAAUUAAUGUACUCAGAUGUUUUAUGUGCAAUCAUUUUUUUUCACUUAGCUUUUUGUGGCCAUGAGCAUACUUUGUAUUGUUACAAUUAAAGUACCAAUACUCACACAUACACAUGUAGACGCACUGACACACACUCUUGAGAGAGAUAGAGUGGAUCAUUUCCAGCUGCUAUGAUACUGUCAUAGUCAAGCUCUUCUUGCCCGAUUUCCUCGCGAGCAGUUUAGUGAUGCAAAGGCCAUAUAUGAUAUCAUAUUCCGGCUCUGGGCAUCACCGCAGGACCUGCGAAGGAUAAAGGCGUGAAGAUUACAGCUCCCUUGCUGCUUCCAUUGCUCACAGCUGCCCACCUGUGGGGUCCUAAUGUGGGCAGCUCUUGAACCCCCAUGACAGGUGGAACAAAGGAUGCCCAUUUGCACUUGCACCCUUGUAGAUCCAAAAGUGCACAAACAAGCAUCGGUGCACUGUUGAACGGGCUGGCAAACACCCAGGCGCCAGAACGAAAUUCCUAGUCGUCAUGGGUUUGUCGAGCCCUGCUUUAGUGAAUAACCCUGAUAGAUACCAUUUCUGCAUGGGCAAUCAAUGGAAGGGUAUGCCUUUCAGAAACUUCUUCUGGUCUUAAGAGUCAGAUCUUACCCACAAACCUAUGUCGGCAUGUUUGUAAUCCUUACUGAAGCCACAGUUUUACACAUCAGAAUGGUUGAGUGGAGCUGCCGAAUAAACUCUGUGUAUCUGGCAGCCUUUCUCUAUAAACUAAUGAAUAAACAGGCUAAAUAAUUGUGGGCCGGAUUAGUGGAAUUGAUAACACCCCAGUACCACAGAAUUUAUAUUUUGCGUCCCUAAUUUUCUUUAACCCCUUAAGGACACAUGACGUGUGACAUGUCAUGAUUCCCUUUUAUUCCAGAAGUUUGGUCCUUAAGGGGUUAAAAGACCACUCUAGGCACCCAGACCACUUCGGCUCAAUGAAGUGGUCUGGGUGCCAGGACCCUCUAGUUUUAACCCUGCAGCUGAAAACAUAGCAUUUUUAGAGAAACUGCUAUGUGUCACUGAGGGUUAAUCCAGCCUCUAGUGGCUGUCUCACUGACAGCCACUAGAGGCCACUUCCAUGAUUCUCUCAGUGAAAAUCACAGUGAGAAGACGCUGGACGUCCAUAGAAAAGCAUUGAGUAAUGCUUUCCUAUGGGCGGUUUGAAUGCGCGUGCGACUCUUGUCGCGCAUGCGCCUUCAGCUCUGACGUCAGUUCACCAGCGCUGGAGAAAGGGGCCCUGAGGGUGGUGGACCUAAUGACCCUGUAGUGUCAGAAAAAUUCGUUUUUUUUCCUGGCCCUAUAGUGGUCAUUUAAAAAUCAGUCUUCCUCUAUUGCCAAGUUACUUCCAGAAUUACACAUCUUGACUUUUCUAGUUUGUGUUUGGAAACUGCUCAUACAAAAAAGGGACACAAAAACCUGUAUUAUUAAUGCCAUCAGUGCCCUAUUUGCAGGUUUGUUUUAAGUCCCCAACCCCUCUUUUCAGUCCAAACAAAAAGUAAAGGCUUUACUUAUCUUCAUUCCAGCACUGAAACUCACUAGGUGCAGCCAGCCACUCCGCCUUCAGUGACGUAAUCCACCUCUCUAGCCAAUGGCCAAAAUAGUGCGUACACACAGUGAAAGCCACACAUUCAUUCAAAUGCUUAACAUUGGAAAGGACUGAAUUCAAUUACUUUUCCUAUUGGCUUUCGGUUCAUGUGAUCGAGUUUUAUGAUUAUUUGGUCCUUUACACUAAAGAAUGUCAUUUGACAAUAUGAGUAUAUGCUAUGUGAAUGAAAGCAUAUACAGUGGGCCUCAGUUAAAAUCAUUUUCGGUUUACAAAUGAAAAUCUAUUGAAAAUAAUGCCUCUGUUUACAAAUUGUUUUCGUAAUAUAAAGCACGUUUCCCCAGGAUGCAUUGCACCUGGGAGGUUUAUAGCACCGCCCCCUGCAUCCUGGAGCCUGUGGGUAGCACGUGGCAUCGAGUUUAGGAGCCAUUCUGGAAAUUGUUUGAAGUUGUUUUGGGACUUUUUGGUGCAUUUCUCAAGCUGUGGAAAGAUAGGGAGCUGAGCUUUGUCGUUUGCAUGCCUUUUAUUGUGUGUUCUGCAUUGGGGGUUGGUUUCCAUGCCAGCUCAUAUUGAAUUUUUUUCUGACCUCCAGAACGGAUUAAUUUGUUUUCACUGCAUUCCUAUGGGAAACCGAGUUUCUGUUUACAAAUUUUUAGCAAUAAGAAACGUCCCGGAGAACGCAUUAAAUUUGUAAACUGAGGUCCCACUGUGCUUUAAUAUACUUAAAGACAAAUAUAUUAGAAAUUAAAAUGUCAGGUUAUUAACUACUAACCGGUUCUAAGAGCUACUUGCCGUGGCAUGUGACUACUAGAAAUGGACAGGGCAACCAUACCCACAGCCAUCCUCACCCCCAAACUCGCACACCAUGAUCUAAGAAUCUGUUAUCAGCACUGUGCAAUUUGGCAGACUUACAGUACAUCAUGGAAAAACAAAGUUAAAUAGUUUACUAGAGUUCCCCUCCUGUUCUGUCCCAUAUCCACCUCCCAGGUGUACCCAAUAAGAAUCGAUGGGAACUGUGCUUGGUGCAGAAUACACCCUGUCCUUUUGGCAAGUGCCAAGGUCACCAUCUGACAUAAGAUGCAAGUGUCUAACAGACCAUCUUUCAUUCUGUACGAUGAGACCUUGCAUGAUCGUAGCUCUGAUCUUGGCUGGUAAGUUCUGUGUUUCAAUGUUUAAUGUGCUUCAUCUUUGAUGCAUAUGGAAACAAUGAAGCAGGGGUCAGCAUUAUUUUAGGAUCUGUGUACAGGGGUCCGAGAGUUUUCUCAGAAUCUCUGGGAGGGAUACAGUGUUUUUCAUUAAUAGUUCAAAAAAUCCAUUCUGUUGAGGAUAUUUUAUUUAUGUGUUAGCGUAAUCUUUAUUGUUGCUUUUUUUUUUUUCUUAAAUACGAAAGUUGAUGCUACUUUAUGUCUGGAAUUAAGGAGAUUUUGUUGUCUGGUUGUCGGACAUUGCAUUGUUUUUGCAGAAAGCAAUUACAUUUUUUUUUUUUAAAUCACUCUCACUAAUCUAGUAAAUGUUCAAGGAACACUAUAGCGUUAGGAAUACAAGAUAUCUUGUCUGCAGCCUUUGCAAGCCCUCUUCUACUAACCCUGCCCAAACUUUAUGUGACUGUCUAAUCACAGAAUUCCCAAUGCAGCUCAAUGACAAGUCUUUGCAAGGCAGGUGCUCUGGGUAAUUGCUGCCUCUUGAGUUCAGUGCAACAAAGCUAACCAAACCAGGAAGUAACAGGACAUGUUAUCGGAUUGACAGACAGGGGGAUGUAACUAGUAUCAUUUAUAAAAGUGUAAAUUUCUAUUGAAAACUACACUUUUUCCAAAAUGGAAAAAAAUAGGAAACGAUCCUCUCAAAUAAAGCUUUUUAGCAAUCUAAAGUGUUCUAGGGAUCUGGAUGAUCUCUUUAAUUCUAACAAACCUGUACAACAUACUGAGCUAGUCUUGCCCAAACAUGCUCACACUCUAAAGGACAUAAUAAAGGGCAAUUUAACCAGUGAUUGAUUGAUGUGUUCAGUUCAGUCACUUGAAUAAAUAGUUUUCAGUCCACUGAUUCACUAUAAAUAUUGUGGUUGCUUUGUCUUUAAGUUCCACAGACAAUUCUAGUGUUGGUUCUUCUGUAGAAGGGGAGAUAAUUGCCUAAAAAUCCCACAUUAUAAAUGUAAAAAAUUAAAUUAAAUACAUGGUGCAAAAACUCCAGGCCAUCAAUAUUUAGCAAAAAAGAGUGCAAUCACUGGACCUUUUUUUUACUCUGUAAAGUGAUUUUGUUGUUAUUCCAUUAUACAGACAGUUCAGUUGACUUUUCAAUCCUCUCACGGACUUUUGUUGAGGGUGUAUGUGUGUGUGUGUGUGAUCUCUCUCUCUCUCUCUCUCUCUCUCGAUAUCUCUCUCUCUCUCUCUCUCUCUCUCUGAUAUCUCGAUCUCUCUCUCUCUCUCUCUCUUGAUAUCUCGAUCUCUCUCUCCAUAACUCGAUAUCUCUCUCUCUCGAUAUCUCUCUCUCUCUAUAUCUCGAUCCCGAUCUCUCUCUCUCUCUCGAUCUCUCUCUCUCUCGAUCUCUCUCUCUCUCGAUCUCUCUCUCUCGAUAUCUCGAUCUCUCUCUCUCUCUCUCUCUCUCUCUAUAUAUAUAUAGAUCUCUCUCUCUAUAUUGAUCUAUAUAUAUAUCUCUAUAUCAAUCUCUCUCUAUAUAUAUAUAUCUCUCUCUCUAUAUUGAUCUAUCUAUAUAUAUCUCUCUCUAUAUAUAUAUAUUGAUCUAUAUAUAUAUUGUCAGUGGAUUUCUUGUCAAAUUUAUUAUUGUAUAAAUAAUUUUUUUUUUUUUUUGCUAAGAUGGCUUUAAGACAGAACACAUUUUGUUAGGAAGAAAUGUGAUUUCUCUGCUUCUUUGUCUUUGCUCCUUCUCUCAUUUAUCUAUAGAGUAAUUCCCAUGAGCUGUGCAUUUAUGUGUAAGACAUGUGUUGAGGAAACAUGGUGAAUCCAGAUAGCAGAGCAGCAGAUUCAGAACCUUCGCCGAGAGAAAACAGUAACUGACCACAACAAAAAAAGCGAUCCUUCUUAUUUAUUAUGCCAUUAUAUUCUGAUUGGCUAUCUCGAAAUUAAUAGAAUAAUAAUAAUAAAAUAUAUAUAUAAUUUAUUACACAUACAUACACUCCUAUGCCAGGGACAUAUUCACACUAAUUACAGCACAAUUACUGUAGUUCCUGUCACACAUCAGGACAACUAGCUGUAAGAGGGUUCUCCUUCUCCCCCUUGUAUCUCACUUGUCUGCAAAGAGCUCUAUUUCCUUGGUACAGCCCACUGCGCCAAAAUUGUUUAAUUGGUGAGGAAGAGGCAUAUCUUAAUACAGAUUUAUUUUAGAAAUAUUUGUGUUUGCAAGCCACGCUACAUGAUGAAAUUGAAUGCUCUUUAAUGCAAGCCUGUACGUACUAUGACAGGUAUGCUUAAAAAACGGAAAAAAAUCAGACUUGCCUUCAACAUAUAUUACCUCUCCUUGGGACCAACUACAAUGUGAUUUAUUAAACCCUCUGUUAUAAAAUAUGUACUUUCUCACCACUAGAUGGUGCUAUAUGUAUUUUCAUUUUUGAACCUUCAAGUCUAUAGAAGUGCAUUACUUGGGUAACCAGAAUGUUUGCCUUUCGUGCAUGAUUUAUGAUUUGUUUAUCCUAAUUAUACCGUCUGAACAUUCAGUACAAUAAAUUAGUAAUAAUUUAGCAGUGGAGGUAUGCUUCCUGGAUAAAUCUGAUAUUUCUAUGUACAGUAUAUUGUCAUAUAUAUUAUGUGUGUGUGUGUGUGUGUGUAUAUAUAUAUUACACACACACACACACUUACAAUCUCCUGUGUAUGUAUGUAUAUGUAUAUAUUUUACACACACACCUACAAUCUCCUGUGUAUGUAUGAUGCACAUUGAUAUAUGGAAAGCAGAACAUUUUCUGUACAAUUUCAGUUAUAAUUGUUUUAAUUGAUAUUAAUUGGCUUGCUAAGUGUACAUUAAGAAUGUGAUUUCUAUUUUUUAUUUUUUUUGGCACCCAAUGCUCGUGUAUAAGCACCUGUUCAGGAUUUAUGGAGCUAAGUCUUAAAUGGAUUGUUAUUUCAACAGUUAAUAUUAAUAAGGAUUUUUCUGGAUUAAAAUUUAAAGGUACUAACCAGCCCCAUAAUUUACCACCUCCGACAUGCCAAACCAGCAUUUAUGUAAAUAAGGGGGGGGGGGGUGUAUAAGUGAAGGUAUGGAGGCAUGCAUUGUCAAUGGUUUGUGUAAAUUCAGGGGUGUAUUUGAGCUCUUAAUGUCACGUUCCACCCCUUUCUCUCUCCCUGUCAUUUUUACCCACUCUUUCCCCUCUCCAUGUCACUUGUACUCUUCCACAUGACAUGUAAUUUGAAGUAGAAGCUGCUGGUGAGCCUCUGAUUGCUAUCUGAGCAGACAGAGCUUCCUAUUCUAUAUUUGUUCCCACCAGGAAUGGCUCUGGUUCUAGGGAACAGAAAGCUGCAUUCAGAACAAAGGACAACUCCAGGCACCAUAACAACUUUGUACUAUAAAAACUAUAUUGUGAUAAAGAGGUCCCAGGCGCUGGUUUACUUUAAGGUGUUUAUUUUAACCACUAAUAAACAGUUUCAUCCCAAAGUACUUAAACUGGUAUCCGAAUCCCUUUGCCCCUGUAUUUCCACUCAAUGUCUUAAAAUCAUGAAGCCUCGGACUGGGCUCUGGAUCCCAUUGAGAAAAGAGAGUGAGAAAGAUACCUAACUUUUUCCUCUCUCUGUUCAGAGGCACCUUGUCCGAGGCUUUCUGAUUGAAGCCUCGGUCACUGAGCGUAAAUACAAGGGCAGAUCGAUUCAGCGCCAGCUUGAAGAUUUUGAAGUUAAACUGUUUAUUAACCGUUUAACCCCUUCAUGUAAGCUGGUACCUGGGCAAUCCUCGCACCAUAAUAACUUCAUUGAGAUGAAAAUCCGUAUCAAGGUACUUGAACAGUUUAAAAAAAAAAAAAAAGCAUUAAUGUUCACACAUGUUUAAUACAUUUCAUCCCCUCCUCUCUCUUCUUCAGUCUGGGUGGUCUCUAUCCAGUCACAGCCCAGAAAUCUGCUGCAGUUCCACAGUAUAAUAAGAUGUACUAUACCUGGCAGCAAACCCAUCUUGGAUUAUAACCAGUAUGGAUGCUAUUGUGGGGUUGGAGGUUCUGGCACACCUGUGGAUGAUCUGGACAUGUAAGUACUUUAUAAAAUAAAAACAAAACUGUGUUUGUACCAGGACUGGAUCUAAUCACGCUACAUAAAACUGUAACUGUUAAACUAAAUUAUGUACGAUGGUUUUAAUAUAUAAUUGAACUCUAAGAUGUGGCAUCUCUUAAGACAGGGUUAUAACUCUUACUCUAAUAUGUAUCUACCUUGUAUAACUAGCACCAGUAAAGUUGUGCAAGUUACUUUGGGGGCAGGAUAAUGAAUGAUAUAACAGCUUUGCCUGGAAAUAAUUUUAAGAGUUCUGUAUCUAAUGGUUGUCCUCUCUCUGGAUGGCAGCUCACGUUCUAGGGCCGACUCGCAAGGAGUAGGUUUGUUACUAAGUUGGCUGCUCUAACACAAACAUUUUGAUUUUUUUUUUGUUGUUCAUUAGUUAUAUCUAAAACAGCUUGCACAAACUGCAGAUCUCAGCGUCUGCCUUUGCAAACCCUCCCCUCCUAACCCAGCCCAGACUUUCUGUGACUGCCCAAUCACAGGCUUCCCAAAUGCAGUUCAAUGAGAAGUAUUUGCAAGGCAAUGUGCUCUGGGCAAUUGCUGCCUUGAGUUCAGUACAACUAAACUAGCUAAGCAAGGAACUAACAGAACCUGUUGUCUGCUUGAAAGGCCAGGGGGUGUAAACAGUAUUAUUUAUAAAAGUGUCAAUUUUUAUUGAAAUUUGCACUUUUUCCAAAAUGAAAAAAUAAGACACACCCUUCACACAUAAAGCUUUUCAGCAUGCUAAAGUGCUUUUGGGGGCGAGAGUCCCUUUAAUCUAAAGUUGUUUUGAGUCUUAGUGACCCCCUAAGAAGUAUUUCUAAUCAUUAUUUACCCACCUAUAGGCUUCCUAUGCAUUCUAAUCAUAGGCUUGUGGAUCUCGGCCAGUAAAGGCCAUUUUGGGGACUGUCUAAUCAACCAUCUCUGUUAUAUUUUUUUUUUCCAACUUGUAUUUUAUUGAAAAGAUUUCGGGUUGGGGUACAGAAGGGAGGAAGGGAAAGAUGACAUUCAAGUACAAUUGUGUUCAGGUUGCUUGGGUAAACAAAUUGUGGUUGCAUAUAUACGUGCAUUCAGUUACAUUAUGGUACAUUGUUAUGCAGUACAGUCUGUUGGUUCCUGUUAUAUUCUGUUGUGUUCUAUCAUAUUCUGCUAUGCACUAUUAUAUUGUAUGCCUGUUGAAGAUCCUAGAAUCUCCUGACUAUCAUUAGUCUAUAAUCGUUGGUAUCAAUACCAUUUCAACCGCACGUAUAACAGUUUUCUUGUAUAGAACUACAUUAUUAGACGUUUGUGAUGCUUGUGACGUUUAUAUUGACCGUCAUGGAUUCAUUGGAUUUCAAAAAAGUCAUACAUACCAGUGCAUAAACCCCCCCCCCAAAAAAAAACCCAUUAACAUUAAUUGUAAUACUCCGAGGUCUUGCCUGCAUUCCCCCUGAGGGCUACCCAUUCUGUCCACCUUUGCCAAUUAAGGAGUGUGGCAUUAACCUGUUUAGGGGUGGUAGCUGUGAGCAAUUCGUAUGAAAGGUAUUGUCGUAUUUUGUGUUGUAACAUUGUUGUGGAGGGGCAUUCUGUUUUUUUCCAGUGGCACGCUAUGAGGUUGCGAGUUGCCAGGAUCAUUAGCACUGUUAAGUGUUUGUCAGUGUAUGGUAUGGGACCAGGAAAGAGGAGAAAGAGAACCAGUUGGGGUGUAAGUGGCAGUUGUUUAAUCGCCAGAUUUUGCCAUGUCUUGUGAGCUUCCGACCAUAGUGGUGUGAUAUUCGCACAUUCCCACCAUAUGUGGGUCAUUGUGCCUUGGUCUCCCCCACAUCUUCAGCAGUCAGCCGAGGUAUGGGGGUAUAUUUUGUAAAGUUUGUCAGGUGUGUAGUACCACCUGUAGAUUAAUUUUUUAUGGGCUUCGACAUGUGAGUAGCAUUUAGUGAUGCCUUUUAGGGCUUGGAGCUUGUCUGUGAAGGACAGUGUCCAUUCUUUCUCCCAUUGUAAUCAGUAAUUGAACUCUGGGUUUGGUGCCUGGUUUCUUAGUGCUGUAUAGCUUAAUGAGAACAUUUUAGGUCUGAUCGGUGAUUUGUGGCAUCUAUCAUACAUUAAUAGUAAGUCUUGAUUUGGGGUAUAUAUGGGUGAUGUUGAAUGUGCCACCUUAUUUGCUAUUAAACUUUUUAAUUGUAGAUAUGGGAAGAUAUAGGAUGUCGGUAGCUUGUAAGUUUUUUGGAGUUCUGGAAAGGUUAAUAUGGCACCCUGGUAACAUAUAUCAAUAAUACGGGUGACCCCUAGUUCCUUCCAUUUAUCCAGGGACAACCAAAGUGACACAGAAUUUAGGGCUGUGAUGGGUGCCCAGGGGUAGAAUUUACUCUCUUUUACAUGGGUACGGUGUAGGUGGUCACAGGUCCGUAUCAGAUAUUUGGUAAGAGGGGUCGUACUCGUUUUCGAGAUCUACCCAUUGUAGUGUGUGGGUAGGGGCGUGUAGUUUUAUCGCAUUUUCUAGAACUGCUGCUUUGUGGUAGGUCGCUAUUCUAGGGAAUCCCAGUCCACCUUCAUUGUUGGGCGUUUGUAAAAGAAGUAGUGGUAUUCUGGGUUUCUUUUUUUCCUCCCAUAUGUAGUUUGUUAUUGUUUGGAUUUGUUUGCUUAGGGUGGGGGAGAGGGGUAUUGGGAGCAUUCAUAACACAUAGAGUAGCUUUGGGAGUACCAUCAUUUUCACGGUUGAAGGUGUUAAUUCCUCUAUAUGUGGCAGCUAUUUUCACCCUUUGGUACGUUAGGUGUGCCUGUCUCCAAUCAAACGAGUAUCGAUUUUUGAGUGUUUGUACAUAUGUUGCAGGGAGACGUAUGGGAAGUGCUUGGGUUUUGGCCUGAUUUAGUUUGUAUUAAGAAAUUUAGCUGUAUUCUUUUAAGGUGUUUAUGUGGUGCCUUAAGGAGUGUUCUGGUUUCGUUAUGUAGACAAGGACAUCGUCCGCGAACAUGGACAGUUUGUAGUCCGUGUUUUUUAGGGGAAUUCCCGUGGUGUCUGUGUGGGUUCUAAUCUUGUAGGCCAGAGGUUCAAGUGAUAAUACAAAUAAUAAGGGUGAAAGUGGGCAACCUUGGCAUGUGCUGUUCGUAAUGUGGAAGGGAUUCAAUAUGAAUCCUGCAUUGGUGACUUUGGCAGAUGGUUUUGAAUACAGUGCCAUUAUGCCUCUUAUGUAUGCUCCAGGGAAACCAAAUUUGAGAAGUACUUGUUCCAUGUAUUCCCAAUUAAGCCUGUCAAAGGCCUUCUCCACGUCUAGCGCUAGUAGAAGGCCCUCUGUUCUGUGUGUCUCCAUGUGGGCUAGGAUAUUUAGGGUCUUCCUCGUGUUAUCUGACCCUUGUCUGUUUUUGAUGAAGCCUGAUUCAUCAUUAUGCACUAUGCGGGUUAGUAUAAUUUUAAGGCGAUCAGCCAAAUUUUUUGCAUAUAUUUUUGUAUCCCUAUUGAGUAGAGAGAUGGGUCUAAAAUUCUGGCAUAACGUCGCCGGUUUGCCUGGUUUCGGGAGUGUUGAUAUAUGUGCCUGUAGCAUAUCUGUGGGCAUCUCACCCUUAGUGUAGCAGUGGUUUAGGAGUUUGGAAAGGUAUGGAGUUAACCAUCUCUGUUAUUUUAAUGUGAGCGUUACAGUAUGAGUGUGUAUAAUAAACUAUGAGCUUACAACAUUGGCAUCAGGCUGAAAAUAAACACACAAAAACAAAAAUUGGAAAAAACGCCUCUGCAAGCACUCAAAAUCCACAGGAGGUUUAAUCUGCACAAAACAAAAAGUAACAGCGGGAAAGAUCACAUCACAUAAUGCUUUUAGGACCUACUAGAACAUAGACUACUAUGUUUAAGGAUCUGCAGGUCUGAAAUGUGCACUUUCCCCUUGUUUGUUACAUUUUGGGAUUUUGAGUGCUUGCAGUGGCUUUUUUUUCCCUAUUUUCUGUAUGUUUUAUUACUGUAUUUGGAGUUCCUAGUUCCUACGCCUGGUGACCUGUCUUCCAUUCGGGUAAGUGGGACCUUUAUGUUUCCAUUACCUUUAUGGUUUUUGUUUUACUCAGACUUAUGCUAUUUUUUCCCCCCGAAAAUAAACAAACACCUAGACGAUUCAUGGUUGCAGGUAGACCAGGACUGGCCAUUGGGCAAACCAGGCAAAUGCCUGAGGCUGACAGAGGAGAUAAAGGGACCCACGAUCCUCACAUUCCGAAGGGGAGGUGUCACGUGUUCAUCCUCACCUUGUGGUGUCCGUGAGGAUGACUACCUUUCUGGCAUUGGUGGAGAUGCUGAUCAGUGGCCCUGUGCCGGUGUAUCUGGCUCCAGCGGCAUGUUGAAAGACGCCGGCCGCUGUGGAUCCAUAUAAAUUUGUAGCCCAACAUCCACCCACAUUAUUGAUGAUGGCAACGUGCGUGUGACGUCACGCAAAUAACGCGCACUAAUGUUCUGGGGUGAUAGGCCGGGUACGGCCAAUCGAAUUUAAAGGAGACUUAUUUAAACUCCUUUCUUGCCUUUCUUCAUUGCCCUGUCGUGGUCUCCCUUAGUGGUUGUCUGAGAGUGUGUUCCUGAGCGUUUAUUUCUGGUUAUUGACUUUGGCUUUUUUUUUACUUCCCUGUGUGCCUCUGUCUUCCCGAGGCCCCCCCCCGUGUGCCUCUGUCUUCCCCAGGCUCCCCGUGCCUCUGUCCUCCCCAGGCCCCCCUGUGUGCUCUGUCCUCCCAGGCCCCUGUGUGCCUGCCCUCCCCAGGCCCCUGUGUGCCUCUGCCCUCCCCAGACCCCCUGUGUGCCUCUGCCUCCCCAGGCCCCACCUGUGUGCCUCUGCCCUCCCCAGUUCCCCUGUGUGCCUCUGCCCUCCCCAGGCCCCUGUGUGCCUUUUUUUUCUUCCCCAGCCCCCUGUGUGUCUUUUUUUUCCCCACAGCCCUUCUGUGUGUCUUUUUUUUCUUCCCCACAGCCCUUCUGUGUGUCUUUUUUUGUCUUUUUUCUUCCCCACAGCCCUUCUGUGUGUCUUUUUUUUUCUUCCCCCACAGCCCUUCUGUGUGUCUUUUUUUUCUUCCCCCACAGCCCUUCUGUGUGUCUUUUUUUUUCUUCCCCCACAGCCCUUCUGUGUGUCUUUUUCUUCUCCCUAACCUUUCUGUGUGCCUUUUUAUCUUUUUGUCCACCCUUAGCCCCCUGUGUAUAUUUUUGUCCCCCAAGACCCCUUGCAAAUGUGUGUGCUUCCAACACACUGUGUGCCUCCCAGCUCACCUCACACUAUGUAGCACGGCUGAGCCUCCACGGUGGAGGAUCUUCUAUUUCCUCUACCUGGUCUGACAGGAAGCUGUUCUGAGCUCUCAGUGAGCAGUUGCUGCCAGACCAGGUAGAGUAUACAGAACAUCCUCUAAUGAGGCUCAGCCACGCUACAUGCAGUGACAGGCAGGAGGGCUGUGCAGUGCGCUCCUCUCCUGCUCGUCACAUGGACAUUGCAUGCCCUAGUGGUUGCGCCAACCAUUACAUACCCACUUUGGGAAGUGUACAUGUCAAUGCUGAUGAUAAUGCUCUCUGGCCCAGCCCCCACCAGUAUUGGAUUGCUCUGCCUAUUUUUGUCUGUCUAGUCCUGGUUGUAGGUACCUGGCAAACGUUUCAACUUUUAGUAGUGUAUGUGUUUGAAAACAAAGUUUUGGACUGCACUUGUACAUCCAGCAUUAGCAGCAAUAGAUUUAUAAAUAGCACAACAAGAAAUUUGUUCUUCACUAACAUGGUCUAUAUGUCUUAAUUAUGUUACGUUUCAUGGCCAAACAUUUGCCCAUCUGUUUCUUAACACUUUUUUUUGGCCUUCAACAAAUGUUUUCUGUAUAUAUCUUGCCUCAGUACCAUGAAGUAUUGGGUAACCUCCACUAUAUUCAGCAAACCUUGUGAACCCAAGACAUGUCUUUACUCAUAAUUCUAAAUUAUGUUUCUAUUUUAUUCUAUUUUGAUGUGGAAUUGUAUCACCUUCUCAGACUUUUAUUUGUUUUGAAUUUGUCUCUUAGAUGUUGUAAAAUACACGACAACUGCUAUGGUGACUCCAAGAAAAUUGAGGAGUGUAAAUUUAUCUUGGACAACCCCUACAUGGAGUUUUAUUCCUACUCUUGUAAGGAUCAUAGUGUGACCUGCAACAGUAAGUAAAUUAUCAAGUGGGUGUAUAAUAAAUUACAUGGUCAAUCUUUUUAAAUCCCGAUUGGCUGUAUAACACACACAUCUGCAUGGGCUAGACCAUGUGAUUUUUAUCAGCCACAUCCACUAGUUGACCAGCCAUAUCCCAACUUAUUAUGUCAAGUCCAUCCUUUAGGCCCAUUGCCGCUGUAAUACGCAUCACUUUUUGCAAAGCAUUCCAUAAUACUGCGUUGUUUUGUCUAAUUUAGCUCACACUAAAAUAGAGCAUGAUUGGUGCUCCAAUGAAAAUUGAAUUUUCCUAGUCUACAAGGGAUUACACUUGGGCACCACCACAAUUUUCGCCUAGUCUUAAUACAUUUGGACAAAAAAAAAAAUGUUAAUUUUUUUUUUUAAUUUGUCAAUUAGUUAAUACGUUUUGGAUAAAAUUCAACAAUUAUUUGAUUUCGGAAUUUAAUCUGGAUGAAUGAAAUUCUGCAAUGCACGCCGCAGGUGCUUCUUGCAGUUAACUCCCUAAAUUGUUACCCUUGUGGGAUUGUCAUAUUUUAAUGGGACUGUUUAGCAGAUAACUCCCUUAUUUGGUAUUCAUAUGGCAACCCAACAUAAGGAUUAACUAGCUUUCCUUUCGGUAAGAAGUUUAAAGUUCAAAAUGAUGACAAACAAAACAUCAAUUUUAUUCUUUUAGCCAGCUUUAUGAAGUUUAAAAAAAAAAUACUUGGUAAUAUUCCUAUUAGGAAUGUCGCAGGUAUGGGCAUAUCUACUAAACAGCGAAAAAAACAGAGGGUUCUUACUGUCAUAAAAGACUAGUAACUGGGCAGCUAUUUCUUCCCAGUUGCUAAUCCAAUAAAGUUAAGACCUGGUACAAGUGGUGGGGCACCUAAUAAAUUGUCCGCCCACGAGUGGACAAUUAAAAUAAAUGGAAGGGGGUGGUAUGUGUGUUAACCCGUGACUAGUGGGUGUGGGUUCUAAAUAAUAAAUGGAGGGUGGACCUAAUAGAUGCCCAGUCUUUAAGUAAUGGUUAGCAGCCAAUGGCAGACAAAUACUAACAAACACACCAAUACACAUUCCAGACACUACCAGAACAUACAGAUUCUUUAGCCACCCUAUUGUUUUCCUACUUUUCUGUUGCACAAGGGGGGUCUUCCUGGGGUGUAGUAUGGAAAGUUCAGGUACUGGUUUCCAAUUUCUUACCUUGUCAAGCAGAAUUGUUUGUGAUGGGAGGUAAAAGUAUGACGUCACAUCCUCCAAGCAAUGCUGCAGAUGGCUAAGCAUGCAGUCCAGUUGGGCAACAUAUUCUCUCUUCAACCAGAAUUGCGCCCUUGCAGACCUCCUGGGCAAGUGAGUUGCUUCCUGCCACACUCACUGUGCCCACUUGAUGGCAUUCCUGAAUGCAAACAUUGCGUCUAAGCCUUGGUUAAAAGUCUAUUGAUAAAAGUGGUAAAUUGAUUUGAAGCGAAUUAGGACACAACACCAGCUUAAUUCUAGUGUUUCCAAAGACCCCUGGGUCACAUUGCGUUUAGAAGCAGAGAAGGGCUUAAAUCAAUUUCAGUGAGUUAUUACGAUUUUUAACCCAUUUGCCUAAACUUCUCCAGAAACCAAGAAAUAGAUACAAAUAACUAAUUUUGGUUGCAUAUAUCUCUACUUCACUCCCAUCUCCUCUGUUUUAUUGAUUUGCCCACUUUCACCAUAGCUCUCCCUUUCUCCCCACUCUUCUUUAUCCAACUCCCACUAGAAAGGAUGUCACAACCCCUAUUCAUGGCUCUCCUAUAAGCACUGAGCACCCGAGCACCCAUUUCUGCCAUAUAUAAUGGAAUGGUUAGCAAGUAGUGGUUCAGUCUGAGAAAAACAAAUGGAUGUGAGGUCUGGCAUAUUUUAUGGAUCCACAGUAAUAAAUAAUGGAUGUGAUUGAUCAGAAUAUUUUUAAAUCGAAUAAUUAGUGAUUUUAUUUUUACAAUAUCCUUUGUACUACAGACAUUAAUAAGUGCAAUACCAUUGAAAGAGUUUUAUUUUUUAAUGUGAACAUGAGGUCUGAUUCACUUCAGGAGAAGGUCUAUGAUGGAUAUUUGAUAAUUAGGAAUAAUAUUGUCCAAGGAAAGUGUCUUGACGAACGUGUGUUCUCCUUCCCAAUACAGGUGACAACAACAAGUGUGAGAUGCAUAUAUGUGAAUGUGAUCGAAAAGCUGCUCUUUGCUUCUCUAAAGCAUCCUACAAUGAGACCAACAAAGACCUUGACAAAGACCAGCACUGUAAAUAA